GUAACAUACAUUCUUCACCUGCUCACAUUCUCUCUCACUCCCACUUGUCCGGUGCCUCUUUUCGUAAGUAUCUCCAACCUGUUCCACCUGUCUUUCCUUCCUUCUUCCUUCUUCCUUCUUCCUUCACUCACAUCACGCAUCCGUAAGCUUUUGCCCGCCACCAGCAACAACAAUAACAACGACAAAGCUCCACAAACUGUUAUCAUAAAUGCAGACGAGAACAGUUCAGGUGAAGCAGGUUUCAGAUCUAGCUAGUGAGAGAGAGAUUCACGAAUUCUUCUCAUUUUCCGGAGAAAUCGAACACAUUGAGAUCCAACGUGAGUCCGGGCAAUCAAAGAGUGCAUUUGUGACAUUUAAAGAUCCUAAAGCGCUUGAAAUAGCAUUAUUGUUAUCGGGAGCAACAAUAGUAGACCAGAUUGUGAGUAUAACUCCUGUUCAAAACUAUGUAGCAAAACGUGAGAUGCAGGAAGUUAGGGUGGUGGACAAUGCUGUGUGUAUCUCUCCUGCUGAAAACACUUCAGUUGUUGAGCAGGAUAAAUCUAACCCGCCAAACAAUGGAAGAAUGUAUGUCAGUAAAGCACAGGAUGCAGUUGCAAGUAUGCUAGCAAAAGGUUCAGCUAUUAGACAAGAUGCCAUGAACAAGGCCAAAGCAUUUGAUGAGAAGCAUCGGUUGACAGCCAGUGCAUCAGAGAAGGUCGUUUCCUUUGACAGGAGAGUUGGGAUUACAGAGAAAUUUACGGCUGGGAUCUCAGUGGUCAAUGAGAAAGUGAAGACUGUUGAUCAAAGGCUUCAAGUGUCAGAUAAAACGAUGGCUGCAAUAUUUGCAGCAGAGAGGAAAUUGAAUGACACAGGAUCAGCUGUUAAAACAAGCAGGUAUGUUACUGCAGGAGCGGCAUGGUUAAAUGGUGCUUUUGGUAAGGUGGCAAAGGCAGGACAGGUUGCGGGUACAAAAACGAGAGAAAAGUUCCAUAUGGCUGUGUCAAACUUGACUGCAAAGGAACCUCCAAUUGUGGCUUAAGCCAAAAACUUUGUUGCAGAAUGUUGGUCGGAGGACUUUGGUAAUGAAUGCAUUGCCAUAUCUAUCACCAAUUGAAGAAUUGGAGUUCGCUGGCUUGGUGUAGAUUGAGAUUAAUUUAUGUGAUUCUUCUUUUUGCUUAUCCUUCAAUGGUGUGAUGUGUGCACUUGGUUAUAUUAUUCAAUAUUUUUUUAUUUUUUUUUAUUUUUUUAUAUUCUUUAAUUCUCAUUAUUGUUGUAAUUUUGCGAUUGUAACAUUGCUUUGAAGUGGAGUAAAGAAUUUAUGGCCGUGGCAGAGUUUUA